AUGGCGCUCGUAAUGAGAAUCAAGUUUCCUCCUACCUAUCCUCUCAUUUACAAGACGCUGCGGAUAGAUUCCAAAUUGACCGCCAACGAGGCCAUUCACUUCAUCUCGGAAACGCUCAACGUCGCCAUUCAAGGCAAUGUGGGCCUCUACAUCCCGCAGGAACACAUGUGGCUUGAUCCGAACACACCCCUCUCACAGCGCGCCUCGUUGUUCGAUGACUAA